CUUUGGGUACUAAUAAAUGCUUCCUGACCGACAAUUUUAAUAAUUUUAAUAAAAAAAAUGUUAAAGCAUAAAAUAUCGAUUAACUAUCUUGGUUUUUAGUGUUAUGCUUGCAGUUUAUUCUUUUUAACUUUUACAGGUUUAACUGAUUUUCUGGAGUUUAUUCACAAUGGACAACCAGAUUGACUACAAACAGAAAUACAAAGUCUUGAAGAAAAAACUGAAGUUUCUAGUAUAUGAGCAAGAAUGUUUCCUGGAAGAGCUGCGAAAGUCCCAACGACGACUGCUUCGUGUGUCCAGAGACAGAAGUUUUCUGCUGGACCGGCUGUUACAGUACGAGAAACUGGAGGAUACCUCGGGAGACUCUGACCUGACAGCGUCCAGCGACAGUGAGCCUGAAACCAUCAAACAGGAGGGCAGCUCGGGCAAAAGGAAGCGUGCCAGUCUGCCUGCAGGUCUGGAUCCCUCCACGGUCCUGGGUGGAAUGAGUUAUACAUCUCUCAUACAACAGCAAGGACAACAAAAGAAGAAACCCAAGCAGACCAGUGUGAAAAAGAAACCAACAAAGAAGCCGGCCAAUACCAACCCGAUGUCAAGAGCGGAGCUGGAGCGCCACCUAGAGUCCAAACAGGAGAUAUUCGGCAUCGGGAAAACACCUGACUUCCUGCCCUCUGAAAUCUUCAGCAACGAAAAUUCCAACUUGGACAGUGACGUGAUGUUGGACAUCAAGGAUGAAGAUGAUGAUGAAGAUCUGAUCAUUGACACCCCUCACUGAGGCACAUAGGAGUGGGGGGCGUUGUGUGGUACAUUUAGGGGAAAACUAAGGCAUAGAAGAGGGGGUCGUGUGAGACAUUUAGGGGUUAAUUAAGGCAUAGAAGAGCGGGGUUGUGUGGAACAUUUAGGGGUUUACUAAGGCAUAGAAGAGAGGGUCAUGUGGGAAUCGUAAGGGGAGAUCUGGAUAUAGAAGGGGGGUUGUCUUAUACAUAUGGGUGUUGUGCAAAACAUGUAGGGGGAGGGGUAUCACUAAGGCACAAUUGCAGGAGGGGGGGGGUUUGUCUGUGAAACAUGCAAGUGGCGGGGUAUCUUUUUAGCGCAGGGGGCAUGUGCAUAUUGCUGAUGUGUACAUUGUGGGUGUAAUUACAUUUGAAAAAAAAAACAACACACGCUUUUAUUGAUAACUUUAUUAAGUUUUUAUACGCCCGUUUUAAAAUACGGGACGAAUUAUAGUUUCACCCUUGGAGGGCCGCUGGCGGGCGGCGUUCACAGCAGUGUCCGCUCUCUAAUUUCAAAAGUUUUCAUACGAUCUUCACCAAACUUAGUCAUAAGUUGUGUUUAGACAAUUUCUAGGUCAAGUUCAAAUAUGGGUCAUGCUGGGUCAAAAACUAGGUCACGGGGUCACUAAGUGCAUUUCAAGGAUUAAGCAUGGUGUAUGCUCUCUAAUUGAAGUAGUUUUCAUCCGAUCUUCACCUAAUUUGGUCAGAAGUUGUGUCUAGAUGAUAUGUAGGUCAAGUUCAAAUAUGGGUCAUGCAGGGUCAAAAACGAGGUCAUGAGGUAACUUGGGGCAUUUCAAGCAUUUAGCAUGGUGUCCGCUCUCUAAUUGAAGUAGUUUUCAUCCGAUCUUCACCUAAUUUGGUCAGAAAUUGUGUUUAGAUGAUAUGUAAGUUAAGUUCAAAUAUGGAUCAUGCUGGAUCAAAAACAAGGUCACGAUGUCGCUUAGUGCAUUUCAAGCAUUAAGCAUGUUGUCCGCUCUCUAAUUGAAGUAGUUUUCAUCUGAUCUUCAGCGAAUUAAGUCAGAUGUUACGUCUCAAUGAUAUCUAGGUCAAGUUUAAAUAUGGGUCAUGCCGGGUCAAUAACUAGGUCUUGAGGUCACUAAGUGCAUUUCAAGCAUUGAGCAUGGUGUCCAAACCUUUGAACGGGCGUAUCUUGUGACAGUUUGGCACUCUUGUUUAAUGUUACCUUUUAUUGCUUUCUUCAUUAACUAUGCUGCUCUGCUACAAGAAGUUAUUAUGUGCUAGAAGAUGAACUUUAUGCCAUACAGGCCUUUAUGAAAUAUAUCAUUGUUUUUUUUUGUGUCAGUAAAAACAUAUAGACUAUUUUUUAUGUGUGUUUCGCAUUUUAGUUUAUAAACAUUAUGAACAUAUGUUCCAAUUGCAUAAAGAUCCAUAAUGGUUAUGUAACACCAAAAUAUUUAAUAUAUUUCUGAAUGUACAAUGUAAAACAUUAAAAAUUUAUAUAAUAUAAUACCUGUUUAUAUUAUCCAAGCAGCUCACCUCAUUUGUACCAAAUGACAGUCAUAAAUUGCAAUUUGAUUGCAUACGUGCCAACAAUAAACUCAAAAUAUCCUAUUUUAGUCUGUUUAAGACCCCUAUACUUUGAACUAACAAAUUCGUUGGCCAUUAUUUGCAAACAAGAUGGUAAAUCUCUUCUAGUGUGAUAAUUUAUUGGUUGCAAAUUCCAUACGUAACACUGUAUGCAGUAAAACACUUUGUAUAAACCGAGUUUUAUCCUACAGCUAAAUGAUUUUAUAGAACAAAUACGACUCAUAAAUAAAAGAAAAAAAUAUUUCAGUUGAGUAAAAAUUCGCGGAACUAAAACCUGAAAAAUGGACUAUAACAGCUAAACUAGUAAAAAUUUAGUGGUUUUUAACCUACUUAAACUUAAACAAAUAGUGGUUUUGAUCUAAAAUAACACUGCGGUCAUUUCAUUGUUUGUUUAGAGUGAUCUUAUAUGCAUUGUUUGUUAAGAGUGAUCUUAUAUGCAAUUGUAUAUAUGCGAACAAUAUUUGAAUAUUAUAAUGGUCACAUGUCUUAUUAAUCUAAUUAAAUCUAAUUAUUCCAGAAA